AUGCUGAGCGCGUUUAAGAUGGAGACGCACGAGCACGCGGACUGGAGCGGCAGCAGCUUCUACGGAGAGGCCGAGUGUUACAUGAACUCUGGUUUGUCCAUGAACUCCGUGAGCGGCUACAUGAGCGCGCCCGGCCACAUGAACACGCCCUACGGGACCCCGGUGGGGGGGCACCCGUCGGUACCGGGCGGGAUGUGUCCGAGCCCCGGGGCCGGGGGGCUCCCUGCAGCCGGGGGGGUCCCGGGGGUCCCGGGCUCCCUCAGCCCGCCGGCCUACGGCAGCAUGCUGACCCCGGGCUACGGGCCGGCCUGCAGCCUCCGGGCCAACCGGGACCCCCACCGGGAGCCCACCCCCCACCGGGAGCCCCGCCCCUACCGGAGGAGCUACACGCACGCCAAGCCUCCGUACUCGUACAUCUCUCUGAUCACCAUGGCGAUCCAGCAGGCCUCCGCCAAGCGGCUGACCCUGAACGAGAUCUACGGCUGGAUCACAGACCUGUUCCCGUUCUACCGGCAGAACCAGCAGCGCUGGCAGAACUCCAUCCGCCACUCGCUGUCCUUCAACGACUGCUUCAUCAAGGUCCCGCGGGCCCCGGAGCGGCCCGGCAAGGGGUCCUACUGGAGCCUGCACCCGGACUCCGGGAACAUGUUCGAGAACGGCUGCUACCUGAGGCGGCAGAAGCGGUUCAAGACCGGGAGGAGGCCCGGGGGGACCGGUGUUGGACCCGGAGGAGCCGGUGGUCCCGGCUGCAGCCCCGGGUCCAGCACCGGGGGACCCGGUGCUGGACCCGGGGCUGCAGCCGGGACCGGCUCGGUCAGCAGCACCAGCCCCGGGUCCGACUCCCUCUCCCCGGCCUGCUCCUCCUCUCCCGCGGCCUCCGAGCUGAAGACCUCCGGGGUCAAAGUUCACUUGACCUCCAGCCCCGUGCGCGUGCCCUCGCCUCUCGUGCACGCGCAGCAGCUGUUCUCCCAGCACCACCACCACCACCACCAUCACGCGCUGCUGGUGCAUGAGGCUGCCCACCCCCCCCAGCACCUACCCCCCCAGCACCACCCCCCCUACCCGUCCUUCAACCACCCGUUCUCCAUCAACAACCUCAUGUCCGAGCCGCAGUACCUCGGCUACGGCUGCCCGGGGUCCGCGGGCCCGCUGGGGACCCCCAAGCCGGGCAUGGAGCCCCCCCACGGCGACCCCAGCUACUACCACCACAGCGUGAGUUUCUCCAGGUUCACCAUCGUCAGCUCGUUAGAUUCAAAGAUGGAGGACGAGCCUCCUCCAGCCUCGGGCCGGCCACCCAGCGAGCCGGGGGUCCGGGGGUCCGGGGGUCUACGCUGGGAUGCAAACCGUCGACUGCGGCUAAACGUCAGAGCUAUCGGCCAAAAUGUCGUCUUCAGCCUCCUGGAUCUGAAGUGGGAGCAUCGGGCUGAAUAUUCCUCUGAAGAGAGAAACAUCGAGACCAAGAGCCUCGAGAACAAGAGCAUCGAGAACAAGAGCAUCAAGAACAAGAGUAUCGAGAACAAGAGCAUCGAGAACAAGAGCAUCGAGACCAAGAGCAUCCAGAACAAGAGCAUCCAGAACAUGAGCAUCGAGAACAAGAGCAUCGAGAACAAGAGCAUCGAGAACAAGAGCAUCGAGAACAAGAGCAUCGAGACCAAGAGCAUCGAGAACAAGAGCAUCGAGAACAAGAGCAUCGAGAACAAGAGCAUCGAGAACAAGAGCAUCUAG